AUGCAUUGGAGCAAAACGCCCAUACCGGGGGUCUCUCUCGAUGCCACCGGCUUGAUAGCCCUAGCCGAUCUUAAAACUAUUGCUAAGCACACUGCUCUGAACGGCACCUCCAGCAUUGUCGACUUCCUCGUGCUUUGCCCUGGAAUCCACACGCAACCGAAUGCUACCGAGCUCAAUGGAGGCGAACUCCCUCCGACCGCCGCCCUCACCUCUGGACAUGUUUUCCGAGUUGAGAACCAGGCUACUGUGUUCUAUCUACAAAAGAUGGGAAUCCCAGGACAGUUGGUAACAAUGAGCGUCGAGGGACUCCCAGAGCCAAAGAGAUGGAAGCCGGAUCUCAAGACUAUCAAAAGCACUUUGACCCCCUCUUUCGUGUGCUACAUCACACCAGUAUCUCUCACAUUGCUCGCCCUGAUGUUCGUGAGCUUUUUGAACGACUGGUGGGCCUUGGCCGUUCUCCUGAUCUUGAUACUCGCGCGUACUUUGAAUGCCAUCGUUGUCCGGCGACGGAGCGCACCUGGCUGGAAAGGCGUGAAGGAACCGGGUGUGAAGGGCGACUUGCUAAUCCUGUUGAGUCAAGAUCGCUGGGUACGACUACAAGGUCCCGUUGACGCUCUCAAGGCAGUGACUGCUGGACAAUGGCUGCGUGAUGCGACUUUUCUGGAGAGCUCGCUCACAGCUAUCGCACUUUUGUUGAUCUACAUCAACGCUGCUGUCACAACCAACGCAAGCCAAGCCGGUAAUAUGAUCAUCCUGGCGCUGCUACUGCUCUCCGUUGGCCUGGUGGCGAUGAGCAACCAGUGGCAAGAUUCAUUAUAUAUGCAUGGCUGCAAAGUUCAGGUCGACGGCGAACCCAAGCAGUACGCCAGGCGGCUGGAUCUUGCGGAUGAAUUGAUCAGCUCCACAGGACGAGACGACUGGGCUAUACGUUUGGGAUUGAUCAAUGAGAAGGCUGAAGCUGCAACAAAUACAGUCAAAAGGGUCCUAUUAUAG